AUGUCUCUCUGGAGCUCCUACCGCGGCCUCACCCCAAAAACCCGGGCCCUGUUCGGCAUCGGCGUCAUGGCCUGGGCAGGCAUUGGACUUUGGACCUCGCCCCAGGUUGAAAAUGCAUUGGGCAUGCAGCCCUCCAAAGAGGAGCAAGAAGCGUUGGAUCGGAAGCUGGCGGUGCGGGUGUCGCGCAUUGGAGAGGAAGACACCCAGGCGAAAUGA